UUCAGAAAGAUAUUAUGGAAGUUUCUCCCCUUGUUCAUUUAUAUCCUUAAAUCAGAGUAACUACUUCUACACAAGUGGGAUAGUCUCUUUGAAUAGUUCAAAGAAAAGAGGAGGCCAUAACGAAAAGGAGUGGGGUUCUAAUAAAAUUUUUUCGCUUUUUGUCAAAACGCAACCUAGUGGACAUAAAGGUAGCUACUUUUGACAACACAACGUCCGCGUAUAAUAAUUUUAUGGUUUCUCGUUACACGUGUUUCUAGUAAAAGAUUCAUCAUUUUGUAACAACGCUGAAAAGAGUAGCUGUUUUUUUAUAAGUUCAACGAACAUUUGAUCAAUAAAUAGCAUUCAAACCGUAGUUGGAUAGAGAAUACAACAACAUAUCAAUACAUUUCAUAUAAAUAUAUAUGUAUUUAUUUCUUUUUUCUGGUUAAAACUACGAAAAUCGAUUUUCCCAGCAUAAUCUUUAUUAGAAGAAAAAAAAAGGAGAUCACUUCGGAUUUUAGUGCUGGCUUUGACUGUUGCAAUGUACUUUGAAAAUUGUUUUUCAUAUACGUUGAAACUCUGGAGUGAAGGAAUUCCAGCAAAUGUUUUUAGCAGAAGACACGAUAAAAGGAUAGAAUAAAUAUGCAGCUAUGACCUCUUUUCUGAAAAAGAGUCUUCCUUUCAUUACCUCGUUUACUGGAGGAUUGAUAUUCUACAAAAUAUAUAGUUUUAUUAAAAAUAAACGAUUUGUUUCAUUUAUUGGUAAAGCAGUUUUCAUUACGGGAUGCGAUACAGGGUUUGGUUACUUAUUAACCAAACAACUUGCAAAGAUGGGCAUCUUUGUCUUUGCUUCUUGCUAUACGGAUGCUGGUAAAAGAAAAUUGGAAGAGGAAUCUUUACCAGCUGUUAUCCCAAUUAAGGUGGAUGUUAGAAAUACUGCAACUAUACAAGAGGCCUUUGAGAUCGUAUUGGCAACUGUCGAAGAAAAAGAUUUAAGUAAGUAGUAGGACAGGAUAUUGUAUAAAUUAUUGUUUAGUUAGGCCUAUUCGAACCCUCUUUAAGUCUAUUAUAGCAAUAUUUGUAACUUGGUUACUAGGAUUUAACGGUAAACAAGUGUCAAUCUUUGCCGAGAAAUGACAAAGAAUGGUGAAGUGUGCUCUUUCUGUGGUCAAGAUGAUAGAGAGGUAAUUAGGAUACUCGAAUGUGGCCAUCGUACUUGUCAGGAUUGCUCGAAAACUCUAAUAAGUAUCGAUAAGAGUGAUGUUGUUAUUUGCAAACUUUGCGUUGAGUCAGAGCAAGCUGAGGAUGUAAAUAUAAAUGUCGAAUACAUUAAUCCCUUAAGAGCAAAAAGAGAUAGGGAGGAAAAAGAGAAAGAAAAAGAAAAUGAAAAAGAAAAUGAAAAAGAGAAAGAAAAGAAAAGAGAAGACGAAGAACAAGAAAAAGAAAAGGAAAAAGAAAAAGAAAAGAAGGAUAGAAAAGAAACAGAAAAACUGACCGAAAAACAAGAGGAAAAGAAAGAAAGCUUUAAAGAAAUCGUCACUAAAGAGCAAGAUAAAAUUGAGAAUAGUCAGGAAAGUCAGAAAGAAAACACUAUUGAAAUCGAUAAAGAAAAUCCUAAGAGAAAUGAAAGAAAAAAGAGUAGUUCUUCUGAAUCAAGUUCAAGUAGUUCAUCUUCUGACGAUGAAGAGGAAGACAAUGAUCAAAGAAAUUUAUGCUCAGAAUUAGUAGAAGAAAUUGAGUUAUCGAAGAAUCAAAUAAUGGGUCUAACCUCUCUUCCGGAUGAAGAAGGAUUAAUCUUAGUAACAGAUUCUGAUAUCGUAUUAUUGGAUCUGACAGGAAAGGAAAUUCAUAAAUUUCAUUACCUAAUUAAUCACUCAUACACUGGUGGUUUAUGCCUAUCUGAAGACGGAAAUAGAAUUCUUGUGGGUUUAUCGAGUCCAAAAUAUACAGGUGUUGCAUUUUACGAAAGAACAGGGAAAUUUCGAUAUUCAGCUUUCAUUAAACAUCCGGGAGUCAUAACAGCCGUUCAAACUUUUGAUGACGGCCUAAUAAUAUUAGAUAGAGAGAAGAAAAGUAUUUAUCACCUAAAUUCAGAGAAGAGAAUCAUGGAAGAAUUUCCCGGAGAUAGGCGCCAUCUAGCUGAUUUGGUUCACUUAGCAAUUGAUUACCAAUAUCGUUUCUUAAUCUUAGAUCGACGUAAUUGCACAAUCGAAUGUAUGAAUGAGAAGGGUAAAGUUUUAUUUAGCUUCGGUAGCCCUGAAAAUCUCAAUAAUCCAAUAAAAAUAUUAGCGGCUGAAGAAGAUUUAAUCUUAGUAUUGGGGACGAAUAAAAUAACAGCUUUCAAUUACGAAGGUCGAUUUAUCACCAAUAUAUAUCAGACUAAAACUCAUGAAUUUGUAGAUUUUUGUAAAUUGGCACCAAAGUUAAUUGCCAUACUAAGAAAAGAUGGAAAAAUAAUUAAGAUACGAUAUAAUAUCAUGUACCAAAAUUUUCGGAAUACUGCAAUAAAAAGGAAGACAAAUGGCAAAAAAGGACAAAUAAAUUCAACGAAUAAUCAAUUAACUUUUACUCAAAAGAGUACAUGCUGUUGUAUAUCUUAAAAAUGAAAUAGAAAUUUGUAUACUAGGCCUAAUUUAGUAAUAAUAAAAAAAAUACUUAUAGUUAUUUGUUCUUUGUAUGUGUUUUUUAUACAGUUUUCUGGGCUAUUGUAAAUAACGCUGGCGUUUCCACCGUUAAUUCGCCGUUUGAAUUCUAUACGAGAGAUGAUUACGAAAAUGUUUUCAAUAUAAACGUUUUCGGUAUAGCCGAAGUCUCUAGAAUAUUCUUGCCUCUUUUGAAAAUUUCACAAGGAAGAAUAAUAAAUACAACAAGUGCUUCUGGUUUUCUUCCGCUACCUUCGGCAGCCGUUUACUCAACUAGCAAAUACGCUGCCGAAGCUCUAUCGGAUAUUAUGAGAAUAGAGGCAAGAAGAUGGGGAAUAAAGGUGUCCAAAAUUCAACCUGGUCUUUUUAAAACGGAUUGCCAUAAUUAUGAACGUAUGAAAACACUUCGAAAUAGACAAUGGUCCCGUUUACCAGAAGCUAUUCGAUUAGAAUACGGAAAUAAGUUUUCGUAUAGUUCUCUCAAUAUAGCUGAAAAGCAAAUCGAUACGAGAGCUUCGACUAAUUUACAAUUAGUUAUUGAUGCCUACUUGAACGCUCUCUUCUCUAUUCAACCCCAUACCUCUUACAUUAUUGGAUCGGAUGCAAAAUGGGUAUUCUAUCCUCUCUCAUUUGUUCCACAUUGCUUAAGGGAUGUUAUAUUGAGUUUCAUUAGUGCUCCUUUAUUAAAUAGGAGAAAAUGGAAUUUUAAAAAGAGAAAGAACUAAAAACAAAAAUCAUAAAUUUCUUAAAG